CCUGUCGUCCAAACAUAAUCCCUUCUCUUCGCCUUUUUCUCUUCAAAGGGGUCCGACCAUUUUUUUUAAUCUUCGUUUCUGGGUUUUUGCAGCUCUGUAAUUUUGUCUCCAAAUACAAACACUCCACUCAUGUUCAUUGUUCUUCAUCAAUUGGGUUUUGACCACAAUCACAAAACGCCAAUUUGAGACAGACAAAAGAAAAAGGGAAGAACAGCCGCAGGGAUUGUUGAUUGUUUUUUGUUUUUGUUCAAUGAUCCCUAAACCUUGUUUCAUCUUCUGGGAUUUUGCCCUCUUUUGAUUUUCCAUGUCGGAACCCAUUUCUUGUUCUUCUCUGUUUUGAUUUCCGUUUCCGACCGCCAAAUCACUCAGGAUUCGUCGAGAUUUUCGAGGUCGGGAUCGAUCGAGUAGUAAUGGGGAGGACUGAUGAUAAUGUUGCUCUUAUUGGGGAUUGGGUGCCUCCAAGUCCCAGCCCAAGAACCUUCUUCUCAGCAAUGCAAAUGCUAGAGGAGGAUGUUGUUGGUUCUAGACCUACAAUGGACACUACCAGCACUGAUAAACCCGAAAAGAUCUUUCUCGGGUCUCGAGAACACACGGUGUCUGAAAACGCCAUUGCAAGAGGCGGGAUCCCGGGUGUCAACUCUGGCGAUCGGUCGAUGGAGUUCGGUACGGUAUCAGAGCAGAAAUUCCGUGGUGGACUUGUGGAAAGGAUUGCAGCAAGAGCUGGAUUUAAUGCUCCAAGAUUGAAUACAGAGAACAUUAGAUCAACAGAGGAAGUGAAGUCUCCUUACUUGACAAUACCGCCUGGUUUGAGUCCAACUACAUUGCUUGAUUCUCCAGUUUUUCUUUCAAAUUCAUUGGCUCAGCAAUCUCCCACAACUGGGAAGUUCCCGUUUGUAGCGAACGUUAGUUAUCGAAGCUCGACGAUGAUGUUGGAGGCGAACAAUCGAGGCAACGACAAUCCGUUUGAUGAUAACAGUUCAUCGUUUGCUUUCAGACCGAGGUUGGAAUCAGGAUCAUCAUUUUUUCAUGGUGCAGCAAGCAAAGUAAUUUCACUUCCACAAUCUUGUCCAAGAAGCGUAGACCCGGGUCUACGCUCAGAAAAUUCUUAUCAACCCGAAAAUAGAAUCAAUCAUCAUCCUCAAAUGGGGCUCUCUACGUCGUGCACGGAGAGGGACGAUGUGGGUAAGAACGUGUUGGAUGAUCAAAGACCCUAUGAUUCUCUGUGUGGUGGUGGUGGUGGUGAACAUUCGUCACCGCUCGAUGAGCAACCGGAUGAAGGGGAGCAACGAGGCACUGUGGAUUCGAUGGCCAGUGGUGGUUGCGGUGCGCCCUCGGAGGAUGGAUAUAACUGGAGAAAAUAUGGACAAAAACAGGUUAAAGGAAGCGAGUAUCCUCGGAGUUAUUACAAGUGCACACAUCCGAACUGUCAGGUCAAGAAGAAGGUCGAGCGAUCUCAUGAAGGCCAUAUAACAGAGAUCAUCUACAAGGGAACACAUAACCACGUAAAACCCUCACCGAAUCGACGAGCAUCAGAUUCCCAUAUCAAUAUGCAACUAGACAUCCCUGUACAAGCAGGCCAACAGAAUGCUGAAGUUCCCCUGUGGGAAGAUUCACAAAAAGGGACUCCUGAUUGGAUGCAUAGCAACCUUGAGGUGAGUUCUUCAGCAUCCUUGGGUCCUGAAUAUGGCAAUCAUAUUGAAACAGUUGAGGCCAUUGAUGCCUCAUCCACAUUCUCUAAUGAUGAAGAUGAAGAUGAUAGAGGAACACAUGGAAGUAUAACAAUGGGAUAUGAGGGGGAAGGAGAUGAAUCCGAGUCGAAGAAGAGGAAACUCGACGCCUAUGUAACGGAAAUGAGUGGGGCUACUAGAGCUAUCCGUGAGCCUAGAGUUGUUGUUCAGACUACUAGUGAAGUAGAUAUUCUCGACGAUGGCUAUCGUUGGCGUAAAUACGGACAGAAGGUGGUGAAGGGAAAUCCGAAUCCUAGGAGUUACUACAAGUGCACGAAUCCUGGCUGCACGGUGAGGAAGCAUGUCGAGCGAGCGUCGCAUGACCUGAAGUCAGUGAUAACCACAUAUGAAGGAAAGCACAAUCACGAUGUUCCUGCUGCUCGAAACAGCAGCCACAUCGGUUCAUGCACAUCCAGUCCAGUAACGGGUCAAACCUCGACCGCUACUCAUCAUGCUCACAGGCCAGGGCCACCGCAGCCUCAAAACAACAUGCCAAGAUUCGAAAGGCCAGCCUUCGGCCUUGCUGGAAGACAACCGAUGGGCACUGCCCAUGCCCAUGGCUUUGGUUUUGGUAUGAACCAACCUGGACUGAGAAAUCUAAACCUGACCAUGACCAUGGCAUCAGCUGGUCAAGCCAAGCUUCCUGUUCUACCAAUGCAUCCAUACUUAGCACAAGCACACAAUGUUCAUGAAAUGGGUUUGUUGUUGCCUAAAGGUGAGCCCAAUCUAGAAUCUACAUCUGAUCUUGGCUUGAACUUUUCCAAUGGUUCAACGGUGUAUCAGCAAAUUAUGAGUAGGCUUCCACUUGGGCCUGAGAUGUGAGUUCUUAUUUUACCUUUUGUUCCCAAUCUUUGUUCUCUAGGAAACUAAAAGCUCUUACUGGUACACGUAGUUAUCAUAAUAUGAAUACACAUAUAUGACGAUCGAUGAGUCGAUGAGCAACAUAA